CCCAUUCAACAGAAUACAGCGAUAGGUGUACUGUUACCCCAUUACAUAUAUGCACUAUCUCCCUCAACAACAGUGGAUAGUUCCGACUAUAUAUAAUAAUCACUGUGUGCAGGAUAGCAACCGGUAAUUUCCUUUUCUAACUACUGCAAAUAAGCUGAUCAAGUGGACAUAUUACUUCCGAACUGAGAUCAUUGUCAUUGAGUCUUCUACCACAUCAAGAUGGCACAACCGCCACCACCACCACAAAUGGCAAUGAACCCUGUCGGGCAACAGCCGGGCGGGAAGCCCCCUGUCAACUGGAUGCCUGCCCCCACAGUUGCUGCACCUCAAGGUUGCCCGCCAGGUCUGGAAUACCUUACACAAGUCGACCAGCUGCUUGUUCACCAGAUCGUCGAGCUCUUCGAAAUGUUCACUGGUGUUGAGAUGGCAAACAGAUAUGCCAUCAAGAACAGUCUUGGCCAACAGGUCUACUUUGCACACGAAGAGUCAGACUUCUGCAUGCGUCAAUGCUGUGGACCCCAGCGUGGUUUUAUCAUUCAUAUCACGGACAAUAGUCAACAGGAGGUGAUGCGUCUUGAACGUGAAUUCAAGUUCUGUGCUGGUUGUGGAUGGUGCGCUGGUCCUGACAGUGAGACCUGUUCUUUUGAGGUCAGGGUUGAAGCCCCAGUGGGUAACAUCAUCGGAUACGUUAGACAGGCGCAAUACUACCUUGGGCCCAAGUUUGACAUCCUUGAUGCUGAGAGGAAACCCGUAGUCAGGAUCAAAGGACCUUACUGUAUGUGUCAAGACAUCUGUUGCCAAGGAGAUAUCGAAUUCGAUGUCUUUACCGGUGACAUGGCUUCAACGAUUGGAAAGGUAUCGAAACAAUGGCCAGGUUGUUUCAAGCACGCGUGGACUGACGCUGACAACUUUGGUGUGACCUUCCCAGUCGAUCUGCAUGUAAACGUGAAGGCGACCCUCUUGGCGGCUGUGUUCCUUAUUGAUUUCAUGUUCUUCGAGACAUCAAACAACAACAACAAUAAUAACUAAGAAGAACGAUCACCAAGCAUCCACGAUACCGAUUACGAUAUUCCAAAUGUGCCAUGUUGUCUGUAAAUUGCGGUUUAUUUUCUUCAUUGUAACAUUAUAUAUUGUCUGAUAAUGAAACAUCAAGGUGA